AUGACUUGCCCCGCCCCGCCCGCCACCAGUCACUAUGGUCCCGAUCCCAACAACCACCCUGACCAAAAAGAAUUAUCCAAGAUUAUCAGAAACCUUGACUCCGGCUCUGACGGCAACGCUCCCUUUGAAAUAGAAGAUAUGUUUCGCGGAGCAGAUGGAACAAAGGUGUCCCAGGAACAAUGGUGGAAGCCAGAUCCAUCGUUAUUACCGCCGCCAAUGACGGCGGAGGAAAAAGCACGGGUGGAGAAGGAUAAUGAAGAGAACAAGGAAAUAAUUCAGGAGAAUAUAAGGAAAAUGGGAAGUGGUGAGCUGAAACCAUGCGGGGUUAUUAUUUGGUCGGAUUAUGAAAUCUGUCCUAGGUAG